CGGAGGCGGCGCCCCGCCCAGACCUGGCGGCGGGAGGAGCCUGGCGCACUCCCUGAGCUAGGGUCGCGGUCACCCGACCUGCACUCGCCGCUCCCCGGGGCCACUCCGCCGGCAGGAAGCCCGUACCAGCACCCCAAGUUCUGGCAGCCACCCACCUGCCUUCUCAUCCCAUGGAGUGAGUUACCCCAGGUACUUCCUAUCAAUGGAAUCAGACAUUCUGACCUUCAGUCUUGUGGCAUGCUCAAACUCAAAGCUGAAAGAGGAAUAAAUCCCAAGCAUCCAAGGCUGUGUCUUCUUGAACCCAGGACUUGCUAGUGAGUUGCAAGGGACAUCUGUCCGCAGACCAGCCAAGCACCAUGGAGAAAAUCAGCUCCUUCUUCAGCUCCAUCUGGGACACCAUCGUGACCAAAAACGAAGAGGGUGUCUUCAACACUGUCUGCCUGGCUGUCCUCCUGGGGCUACCAUUGUUGAUGAUCCUCACCCUUCUCUUCAUCUGCUGUCAUUGCUGCUGGAGCCGAGCGGGUAAGAACCGCCAACAGCCAGAACGGCACAAGAAAAAGAAGAAAAAGGAUGAGGAAGACCUCUGGAUCUCUGCCCAGCCCAAGCUUCUGCAAAUGGAGAAGAGGCCAUCACUUCCUGUCUAUUAGCAAUAAGUACAGGUAUCCUCCUGCUGGGGUCAGACCUCCCUCCAACCACACAGAGAUUAAGGAGGAGUCCCUAAGAUGAUGCUCUCAUGUGCACAGAAUAACUACUCAACCCAGGAACAAACCUCAGACUCAGUGUCCCAGUGGAGGACACUUUCAGGAGAGCACACGGACAGUUCUCGCACUGCCCUGGCAGCUAUGUGUCUGAUAACAGUGCCUCGCUACGGAACCAGAUGUGCAUUCCACUUCUCUCUGGCAUACCUUACAAACUAAAGCACAAAGAACAUUCAUCCAUGUGAUCAAUGUGGCUUCCACAUGUACACACACACCAGAAACACUUAUGCAAACUCAAAUAAUAGGUACUUGGGCAAGUUUAGUCUGUUCAUCAGAUAGGCAUUAAAUGCAUACAUCAUGCAAAGCAGUACAUUAUAUAUACAUGCAGAAGUGUCUCAUAAAGAAAUAUGCCCACAUUUAGGCACAUCUGCAUCAUUACACAGGCAGGCCAGACCCUGUGCACUGUCUGUUCCAUAUACCACUCAGGUUGGAGAUGUAUGCUUUCCUAUUCCUAUAUUUACAUAGCCUUUUACUGCAAUAUUCACAAUUGGACAUUCCAGCAACCUGGUACAGGCCCCUCCCAGUGUAUAUUGACACACCAAGUUCCUGUGCUUCUGGCCCCUUCCCUAUGCCUAAAAGUUUCAAGUAUGAUGGAUUAAAAUUCACUGAAAGCUCUUUUCUUGGAACUCAUGACAAGGUCCUCAUUACCACUGAUGGCUGUUUAAUGUCGUCCAAGACCUCUCUGGGAUGCUACCGCUUUAACCAAGGUGGAUUUUCCAAGCAAGAACCAACCACUCUUGGCAGUGACUCCUAGAAAGCUAUGGAAACCCACUCAUCACUUCAGUAGGCUGCAAUUAUGUACCUGUGCAAUGUGUAUGCUACAGAAGGAAAGGGUGAUAAGAUGCUACACUGAGCUGGGUAUCUUCUUUGUAACCAAAGGUUUUCAGUAGGGAAGGAAUUAAAGACAGUCUCCAGUACAGCCUCAGAGCAGGAACACUGGGAAUGGUUUCAUGAGUGUGCAGGGGGUGCAUGGUGUGUUACAGGAGUGCAGGAGUAGCAGAGGUCCAGUGAAACCAGGCUGGAGGAAUGAAACGUUUACUAAUACUUAUCUUGCAGCUCAGGCAAGUGGGUACUCAUAACUAUGGUUGCUGUUGGCUAUGAGAUAAGGUUAAGGGUAAACUUGUAACACCUCACCAUUCCCCCAAAGUGACCUUCUCUUCUGCAAGAGCCCCCUCCUUGCUGUAGUAGACCAGACUAGGUACUGAUUUGCAGGACCGCAUGUGCAGUACCAAAGGUCCAGCAGACACAUGUGCCCUGAGGUCUUCAGUGAGUUGAGAGUCUCUCCCCUGCCCCAGGCUGAGGGUGAGAAGUAGAGUGAAUCUCCCUCUAUGAUGAGCUGGUUGUGUUUUGAUUCUAUUGCAAGGAUAUUACAAAGAUAAGUAAUUCCCAACUUGGGAGUAGAUUGUAUUUUAACAGUUCAUUUGCACAUCUGCCAGGGAGCUUUCUUGAAAUAUUUUCCCAUGGAAGUUAUUCUAGACAGUGGCAAAACCACUGUCUAAUUAAUAAGAUACCUAAGGUAUGACAGGCAUAGUUUCAAGCCAACCCCAUAACCUUUAUGACCCUCUUAAUCAUAAAGAUAUUAGUAAAAACAUUACAAAAAACCAAACUCAGUAACUGUGUGGACAGAAAGCUGUGCUCUGUUGCCCACUUGGGUACCUGGUAUUCACCUGCCCUCCCGGUGUACCCCGGGCUGUGGAGAGUGGGUACCUGGCAGUGACUCUGCAAUCAGGAUUUCCUAACAGAUAACCAUGUGACUCAUCAUUUAGGCCUGCAUGCAUUUCAAAGCCAGUCACUCCUAACCCUUUCUCUAAAUUCCUUAGGCCUUCAGGCAUAGGCAUUCUGAUUAUCUGUCCCCUUAUCAGAGGGACAGCUUGUGUCGGAGCAUCCAGCUGUGCUCUGCAUGUCACAGGAUGGCCCUGGCGCGGCAUCUCCCCACCACACGCUUCCCCGUCUGCUGCUACCCACCAGGACGAGUUGUUCUUCACAUUUUCAACUCUCAGUCCCGCUAAAGUGGAUGAUUUGGGGGAGAUGUGGGAACUGACAGCCAAGAUAGGGUGUCAGAUAUGAUCCAAGAGAGUGGAUCACCUGGAUCAGGGUCUCCAUGGCAACUGGCUGCCAGUUUGAGUAAAGGCCGCAGUCAGCUGUCAUGGCUGUGACCAGGCCUCUGUCUCCAGGCACAGCAGCCCUGCUGCCUCCUGGUUAAUGCACUUGCUCCAACCCCGGGCAUGAGACACUCAGAAACUCACUCCUUCACUGCUUCCACAGCAUGAGACCCAGAACCCAAACUGAAUGGGAUUUACACCCGCCCCAGGCUUUACAGAGUGCCUAGAAUAGGACCGGGUAUGUGACAGGCCCCCACAUUUCCUGUCAGAUGAAUGGAAGCAUGAAAGCAUCUAAGGCAAAUAGCCUUUCCUUUUUCUUCUCACUUUAUUCUUAUCUUUCUUUCCCAUUUGUCUCCGAUCCCUUCUUUUCCCUGUACUGUGCCAAUUCUGUCCCUUUAUUCCUCACCGUUUGUACUGGCAAUCAGUAGAACCUCAGAACCUGUGCCCGUGGUGGGGAGCGGGGGUUAGUUAAUGAGGAACAGAAAUGAUUCAUACAGAAGAGGUUUCCUAAGCCAGCACACGCUCAGAGAGGACACCCCCGCGUCCUGGCCUGUACUCUGCACAGCCUCCGCCAGACUCAGAUGACAGCCAGAGGGCUUUUCUCCGUCACUUGAUGGACUUGCUUUUUGCUUUUUGUUUCUUGGGAAGGAAAGGCAAAGAGGAAAUUGUAUUUGUCAGUAUUUUUCUGUAAAAUUUAGACACACAAAAAGAAAAAUUUUAUUUAAAUAAAUAUUUUUAAAAAUUGAAA